AUGCCUAAAACUUCUGAAAAGAAAACUACUUAUAAACGUCGAAAUGUUAGAAAUGUUCACUUAUAUGAUACCCCUCAAUUUAAAGAAACACUUAAGCAGGCUAUAGACAAGAAUUUCAAAAAGACUUACCCUAAUGGGAUGAGUGUGGAAACUACUUUACCUCUUGAUCAACUUUUAGCACCUUGCAAGAAAACUCGUGGAAAAAGAGGUAGAAUUACACGACCACAAAAUGCUUUUAUUUUGUAUCGUAAAGAUAUACAAGCAAAGAUUAAAGAAGUUAAUCCUGAUGCAAAAUUUGAAGAUGUAUCUAAAAUAGUGGGCGAGCUUUGGAAAACAGAAACCAACCAAAGAAAAAAUAAUUAUAUUUUGUUAUCAAAUCUUUGUUGCCUCGUACAUCAAGAUCUCUUUCCCAACUACAAGUUCAAACCCAGACCGAAAGAGGAUGGGAAUGAUAAAAGCGAUGUAAAUGAGCAAUCGGAAUUUUUUAAUUUACCAACAAACCUUGAUCGUGAAAACCAAAAUAUUUUACUUUCUUCUUUUGAUAUUAAUUCUAUUGGUUCUGUUUCUCCUAUUCCGCAAGAUGCUGAAGAUGAAGAUAAUGCUUCAGUGACAACAACGACAACAACAGAAUUGUCAGAAUCAAUACCUACUAUUAAUAUAAUUAAUAAUUGUAAUGAACAAAAUCAAUUGUUUUCUACUGGUGCUAUUCCUAACUAUGAAGGUCAAACGGGACAUUUAUCUGAAUUGGAAUAUAUUGAAGAUUCGGACUUCUUGUUAUCAUCUCAACAAUCAUUCGAUAAUAUUGGCACUACAAAUAAUUACGAAAUUCAAAAUUAUAUUCAAAAUAUGCAAAAUCUGGAUCAUUAUAAUAUAGGAUCCGACCCUUUACCUUACACUUCAGACGAAAAUUCGUUUCUUUUUACCACAUCGCAAAAUGGUAAAUCCUCGCAAGAAUAUAAUGAUUAUUCUAUUAUUUCAAUACCUUCUUCUUCGACGCAAAAUACCAUUCCUACUACUUACCCACAACCGAUUACACCAAUUACAUCGAAUUUUAUUAAUGAUAAUAAUAAUAUCGUUACUACAAAUCCAUUUUUGUAUGAUGAUUCGGUCAAUAAUAAUGAAAUUGAAUACUUAAGUGAUGAAUUAGUUGAUAUGUUAGCAAAUUCAUUCCAUUCUUUCAUAUAA